AUAUCUUUGAUAUUUUUGGCCCAAGCAUCUAAUCCUAACCAAUCCAACGGUCCGUGAUGCACCACAUCCACAACACCCACGUCACCUUAGCAAUCCGAGCCAUUUUAUCCUCCCUGAACCGGAUGAAAUUGCGUGUACAAAUAAUAUUCAAUGCGUGUGUUACUUUAAACAAGAUAUAGAUUCAUUUAUCAUUAUCAUCAUCAUCAUCCACAUCUCUUCAAUCCUGCCGAUUCACCGGAAUAUUCGCUUCCGUACGGUCUUAACGGUUCUUCUAUCGUCUUGUUGAUUGUGUUAGAAUUAUCUGGUUGCAAUCAUGGCAGGGGCUUUAGUGCAAUCUACCAGCUUUCCUUCUGCAGUUUCAAGUGAAAGCAAAGUCCGUUCAAAGCGAUCUGGCAAUACAAAACGAGCAGUGAAGAUGAUGUGUGGCUUACAAGCUCCUCCAAUGAGGGUGAGGACUUUCUCUGGUUUGCGGGGCGCUAAUGCGUUAGACAACUUGGUCCAAAGAGGCCAGGAUUUCCACUCAAAAGUUGCAGCUGCCACCUCAGUUCGAAAAGCAAAGCCUUCUAGAAUUGUACCAAAGGCCAUGUUUGAACGCUUCACCGAGAAGGCUAUUAAAGUAAUUAUGCUUGCACAAGAGGAAGCGAGAAGACUUGGCCACAAUUUUGUGGGCACAGAGCAAAUUUUAUUAGGUCUUAUUGGUGAGGGAACCGGCAUUGCUGCAAAGGUCCUGAAGUCAAUGGGAAUUAAUUUGAAAGAUGCACGUGUUGAGGUGGAGAAAAUUAUUGGUAGGGGUAGUGGAUUUGUUGCUGUCGAGAUUCCAUUUACUCCCCGUGCCAAACGUGUACUGGAACUCUCGCUAGAGGAGGCCCGACAACUCGGUCAUAAUUAUAUUGGAUCCGAGCAUUUGCUUCUUGGUUUGCUUAGAGAGGGUGAAGGUGUAGCGGCCCGUGUUCUUGAAAAUUUGGGUGCAGACCCAAAUAACAUUCGCACACAGGUGAUUCGAAUGGUUGGCGAGAGUGCAGAAGCUGUGGGUGCUGGAGUUGGUGGUGGGACCUCCGGUAACAAGAUGCCAACACUGGAGGAAUACGGUACCAACUUAACAAAGCUAGCAGAAGAGGGUAAGCUGGAUCCAGUUGUUGGAAGGCAGCCGCAAAUCGAAAGAGUUACUCAAAUUCUUGGACGCCGUACCAAAAACAAUCCUUGUUUGAUCGGAGAACCCGGUGUCGGAAAAACUGCUAUUGCAGAAGGUCUUGCACAAAGAAUUGCUAAUGGCGAUGUUCCGGAAACAAUUGAGGGGAAGAAAGUGAUAACUCUGGAUAUGGGUCUGCUUGUUGCUGGCACAAAGUACCGUGGGGAGUUUGAAGAGAGACUAAAGAAGCUGAUGGAGGAAAUCAAGCAAAGUGAUGAAAUUAUUCUGUUUAUUGAUGAGGUCCAUACGUUAAUUGGAGCAGGUGCAGCCGAGGGAGCUAUUGAUGCUGCUAACAUCUUGAAACCCGCCCUUGCUCGAGGUGAAUUACAGUGUAUUGGGGCCACAACACUUGAUGAGUACCGGAAGCAUAUUGAGAAGGACCCAGCACUGGAGAGACGUUUCCAGCCCGUAAAGGUUCCCGAGCCCACAGUUGAUGAAACCAUACAGAUUUUAAAGGGGCUUCGAGAACGAUAUGAAAUUCACCAUAAACUCCGUUACACCGAUGAUGCUCUGGUAGCUGCUGCCCAGCUGUCAUAUCAGUACAUAAGUGACCGUUUUCUGCCUGAUAAGGCUAUUGAUUUAAUCGAUGAAGCCGGUUCUCGUGUUAGACUUCGUCAUGCACAACUCCCAGAAGAAGCUAGAGAGCUCGAGAAAGAACUCAGGCAGAUAACAAAAGAAAAGAACGAAGCUGUUCGUGGCCAAGAUUUCGAAAAGGCUGGGGAGUUGCGUGAUCGGGAAAUGGAUCUUAAAACUCAAAUAUCCGCUCUUGUGGACAAGAACAAAGAGAUGAGCAAAGCCGAGACCGAGGCGGGAGAAGAGGGCCCCACCGUAACUGAAGCGGACAUUCAGCACAUUGUCUCAUCAUGGACUGGCAUACCGGUCGAAAAAGUCUCAACAGACGAAUCGGACCGUCUUCUCAAAAUGGAAGAAACACUCCACACACGUAUCAUCGGUCAAGACGAAGCAGUUAAAGCCAUUAGCCGUGCCAUCCGCCGUGCUCGUGUAGGACUCAAAAACCCAAACCGCCCCAUCGCCAGUUUCAUCUUUUCGGGACCCACUGGUGUUGGUAAAUCCGAACUCGCGAAAGCUUUAGCCGCUUACUACUUCGGCUCGGAAGAAGCCAUGAUCCGGCUGGACAUGAGUGAAUUUAUGGAGCGACACACCGUUUCGAAGCUCAUUGGUUCACCUCCUGGUUACGUCGGCUACACAGAAGGCGGUCAGCUGACCGAGGCUGUUCGCCGCCGCCCUUACACCGUCGUCCUAUUUGACGAAAUUGAAAAAGCUCACCCCGAUGUGUUCAACAUGAUGCUUCAAAUCCUUGAAGAUGGAAGGUUGACUGACAGCAAAGGACGGACUGUUGACUUCAAGAACACGCUUCUAAUCAUGACUUCGAACGUGGGUAGCAGUGUAAUCGAAAAAGGUGGCCGGAGAAUCGGGUUUGACCUCGACUACGACGAGAAAGACAGCAGCUACAACAGAAUCAAGAGCCUGGUGACCGAAGAACUAAAACAAUAUUUCCGGCCCGAAUUCUUGAACAGAUUAGACGAGAUGAUCGUGUUCCGACAGUUGACCAAACUGGAAGUCAAAGAGAUUGCUGACAUAAUGUUGAAGGAAGUUUUCGAGAGGCUAAAGGGUAAAGAAAUUGAACUUCAAGUGACCGAGAGGUUUAGGGACCGCGUGGUGGAGGAAGGUUACAACCCUAGCUACGGUGCAAGGCCUUUAAGACGCGCAAUCAUGAGGCUGUUGGAAGACAGCAUGGCGGAAAAGAUGCUCGCACGCGACAUCAAGGAGGGCGAUUCCGUAAUUGUUGAUGUUGAUUCCGAUGGCAAUGUGACCGUCCUCAAUGGUAGCAGCGGUGCCCCGCCAGAGGCAUUGCCGGAGCCGAUCUCCGUGUAGACAAAGGCUAGUGUUUUAUCUCUCAACUUAAAUUAUGUAUGUUGUUUUUAUACUGUGCUGCUCUGUCUUCAAUAUUUUUCAUAUAAGAACAUAUAGGUGAAUAUGAACUGCAUGCACAGGGUCAAUAGAUGUUGCAGAUUUUUUUUCCAUAAUAAAAGAUCCUUCUAGAAUGUAUAUUUGUACUGGCUUGUUUCUAUUUAGCAUCCUUAUGGUUAAAUAAAUCUGAUGUUCUAAUGUAA